AUGUGUCAUGGUUUACCUCGGCUUUUCAUUGCCGGUCAUCAUGCAGUUUACUGGGUCGGGUCCAUCACCUACCAAGAAGCCGAGCACGGUGACAUGCGUGGAUCAGCCCAACCUGGUCCCAUCCAGUUGACACUAUACGGCCGAGUUUCGUCUUCACUCAAGUUGCUCAAACAUUACCUCGGCUUUUCUUUGCCGGUCAUGGUCCAGUAUUCGGUCAUGCAGUUUACUGGGUCCAUGACUUCCCAAGAAGCCGAGCACGGUGACGUUCACAAGGCAGUGAAAUAUAUUAUGCACACCCCCGGUUCAAAAUCCCUACCAAGUUUAUACCGACCAAUGUUUCUUGUAAACAUACCCAUGUUGGAACGGGUCUGGCUCAAACAACCGCACUCGGCUGCCUGA